UAAAGGUGGGUUUGUGACUUUUGAGUCAUGAGAAGAAGCUAGUGUUAUGUUAGUGACACACACAGUUUGCAUUGGUUGGUAGCAAGUGAUAUGGGGAGGCAACCUUGCUGUGACAAACUUGGGGUGAAGAAAGGUCCAUGGACAGCCGAGGAAGACAAAAAACUCAUAAACUUCAUUUUCACCAAUGGCCAGUGCUGUUGGCGUGCUGUUCCCAAGCUUGCUGGGCUUCGGCGUUGUGGUAAGAGUUGUCGUCUUCGUUGGACUAAUUAUCUAAGGCCUGACUUGAAGAGAGGGCUCCUCACACAGGCUGAAGAGCAGCUUGUUAUCGAUCUCCAUGCCCGUCUUGGCAACAGGUGGUCCAAGAUUGCUGCCAGGUUACCAGGAAGGACAGACAACGAGAUUAAAAAUCACUGGAACACCCACAUUAAGAAAAAGCUCCUUAAGAUGGGUAUUGAUCCUCUUACUCACGAACCUCUUAACAAACAAGUCUCAUCCAAAGAUAGUUCAUCCUCUGAAGAGAAUUUGCCACAAGCUGACAACACUCAUCAGGUUAAGGAAAGUGAUAGGGUUCUCAACUCAGAAGAAAAUUCUAGCUCAUCAGCAGCUGAAAAUUCUUCUGGUGAAGAAUCCCUUUUAGUGGAAAGCGAUGUGUCUCUAAUGAACACCAUGUGGCUGGAUGAAACUCCUCUAAUGGACACAUUAUGGGACAAUACACCUAAACUAGAGAAUGCAAAUAGUAACAUGGGCUUGCCAAUAUGGGAGGAUAAUUGUGCUUGGUUGUUGGACUGCCAGGACUUUGGUAUUCAUGAUUUUGGUUUCAAUUGUUUCAGCGAGAUCGAAUCAAAUGUACUGCAAUCUAUAGGCAUGGACAGAAAAGGGCUUUAGGAUGCAGUACAUCUGGUAAUUAAAGUUAGCCGUCCUUAAGAAACAGAGCAUGCAAUCAAACAUGUGUAUAUGUGACAAAAUGGGAAUAAAUCCUCUCGUGUCCAUGUCAUCGUUCAAAUUUUGUGUUUAUAACUUUCUUGAUGAAUAUUAGAUAAAGUUCUCCUUAUUUUAUUAUUUAUCAAGAAAGUGAUACACACCAGAUUUGAACAUGAUUUUGUUAAGUUAAAAUUUGACCCUAAAGGAUUAACAAAAUACCAUGGACUCGAAAUUAGGUUCUUGGUGUUGUUGAAUUUUAUCUAGUUAUUAUGCUACAUAAUAUUCCUGGAAGGUAGACGACGAACCUUUCCUCUUAUGACUUAUCAGGCUCAUCACCAACCAAAUCACAAAAAGGAUACCGAACAAAAUCCCCCAAAUGCCACAUUACUUGUAUUCUUGUAAAUGCUGUAAGCUUUUGUGUAUGGUUGGCACAAGAAAAUAGGAGAAGCCAAACAAAUAGUGGGUUUUGUGAUUGUGUAACUUAUUGUAUAAAGAUGUUUAAUUUGAAAAUACUGUUAAAAUCU